UAGACAUCCUGCAUAAUGCAAUUUUCUCUUUUUCAGGACUUUAGUGAAGAACAACGGAAAAAGAUAAUCGAAAACCGUCAGAAAUGCAUCGAAGAGACCAAAGUGAAGCCUGAACUGAUCGAAAAGGCGGACCAGGGAGAGUUCACAGACGACGCCGCCCUCAAAUGCUUCACCAAAUGCUUCUACCAAAAGGCAGGCUUCGUUAACGACGACGGCGAAGUCCAAAUCGACGUUGUCAAGGCCAAACUGCCCCCCGAAGCGGACAAAGAAAAGGCUCUGGCCAUCGUGGAGGACUGCAAGAUUAAAGGAAAAGAUGCCUGCGAGACCGUUUACCUCAUCCACAAGUGCUAUUUCGAACACACCCAUCCUGACCUGAACAAGAAAGAGGGAGAUGAAAAGAAUGAAAAGAGUGAAAAGAGUGAAAAGAGUGAAAAGAGUGAAAAGAAGGAGGAGAAGAAGGAAUAAGAAGAUUAUUUGUAUUUUUGAUAAUUUAAAUAAUUUAUUGUGAUUUUAGCUGGUAGAGAUUAAAUAGUUUAUUUUUUUUGAUAAUUUUUGAGUUUUUUAAUGGAAAGAGAAGUGGAGUGCUUAUCUAGAAAUUCAACACCAUAAACACUAUUAGAUAGUGCCUAUACUAAAUCUACGUAUCGUUAAAAUAUAUUUAUAUAAAAUAAAGAAAACUCUUAA